AUGUACUUACCAAUUCCAGAAACUACAGGCUAUGCUGUGCUGUCUGCCAGUCGAGGUUGUGGAGAUACCAACACCAACAAAGACAACAACCAAGAACCACAACCCAACAACACAACACUCAAGGACCAUAACCCAUCAACUCAACAACAAACAAGGAAUACAACCACAACUCAACAACACAGCAAAAAAACAACACCCAAGGACCACAACCUAACAACACAACAACAACAAAAGGAACACAACCACAACAAAAGACCACUGCACAAACAAUCACUAACAACAAGCCAACACCCACACCCACUAACAACACCAAGAAAUCACAACAGCUCACCAACAACAACCCUCAACAACUCACACAACUCAACAAAAACUCAUAGCACAACAAAUCUAACAACACAGACAACAAAUCUCAAACAACCAAACAACAACAACAAAACUCAACUGACUUUCAAUGCCUCCAACACUUCAGAGACCGCUGCCGACACUGCUUAUGUCCAAAGACUGACUGAAACACAGAACUCUAACAACUAA